GUCUCGCUCGCCCCACCCCAGGCAUGUCAGAGCGUGAGCGGCAAGUGAUGAAGAAGCUGAAGGAGGUGGUGGACAAGCAACGCGACGAGAUCCGUGCCAAGGACAGGGAGCUCGGUCUGAAGAAUGAGGAUGUGGAGGCUCUGCAACAACAGCAGACCCGGUUGAUGAAGAUCAACCACGACCUCCGGCACCGUGUCACAGUGGUGGAGGCCCAGGGGAAGGCCCUGAUUGAACAGAAGGUAGAACUAGAGGCAGAUCUGCAAACCAAGGAACAGGAGAUGGGCAGCCUACGGGCAGAGCUUGGGAAGCUGCGAGAGAGGCUGCAGGGCGAACUCAGCCAGAAUGGAGGGGAGGAGCCCGAGGUAAGUGGGAAGCCAGCCACUGAAGCAGAUGGGAAGGUAGGUCUGUGAGCUGGCUUGAGGUGGGCAAGGCUGCCUUGCUUUCCCCAUUACGCUUGAGGGAAAUGGGAGGAACCUGGGAGGAGCUAUGGUGUGUAGCUAACUGUGUGGAUGCUAGAGCUGGUCUGCUUCGGUUCAGUCUAGCCUGUUACUAUCUCCAUGACCUUGGAUAAGUUAUUUAGCCUUUCUGUGGCUCAGUUUCUUCGAGUCUAAAAUGGGAAUAAUAAUAGUACUUAGCGCCAGAUUAUUAUGAGAACUAAAUGAGUUAGUUCAUUUAAAGUGUCAGCUGCCACAAUCAUCUGGAGGAGUCAAAACUUUUCGAAGGAAGUGACUAAAAGAAUGAGAGUAAACAAGUGAAUGGAGAGUGAGUUCCAGGCGGGGGGUGGCACAUGCAAAGGCCCUGUGGCAGGAGAAAUUGCAAUGGAAUCGAGAAAGGAUAAGAAGGCGAGGGUGGCUGGUAUGCAGGGGGAGGAGGAGGAAGAAGGUCUGAGUGAGGUCAGAGAGAUAGGUAGGGGUCAGUCCUGCGGGCCAGGUAGGCCACAGAGUGGAGUUUGGUCUUCUACCUGAGAGCACUGUGCUGAGUACUGUGGAGCUUCAAAGAGCUUACAACCCAGUGCAGGAGACAGACUUGGGCACCUCCAAGUGGCGUCACACUUAAGGUGGGAGGGGACUCUCUUAGUGGUAAGAGAUUGUCUUCGUCUGGGUUCCCUUGAGGCAAAGCUUGAGAAAAGGAAAAUGGGCAGGAGAUCAGAGGCGUGAGACAGGGGAGAAGGAAAAGUGAAUUUGAGUAUGUGUUAUUGGGGCUGCGGUGGGAGCUCAGUCCUGCUGGGACCUCUGAGAAGCACAUAGACCAUGUCCCAGAACCGUCUUUCUGGAGGAGAAAGGCUUGGAACAUAAAUUUAUCCGCCUGCACCUGCCCCCAGUAGCUGAGGGUAGCCCCCGGGGGUGUUAUCUCCCUGAUAUUCCUGGGUGGAACUUAUAGAGCAGAUCUCAGGGCAUGAGUGGGAAGACAUGCAGUGUGUGCUUGAGGCGGGGCCCCAUCCGCAUGGGUGGGACUACACCACAGCUGCAGCGAAAAUCCACAUGGGCCCAGGGCUGCGACAUGGGGUGCCAGAGGUGUCUCCCCCGAAGAUGUGCCCCCCGGGGGGGGGUGCCAGCAACGCAGAAGUAGAACAGUUAAUCCUGAUGGGGGUGGUGUGCAGUUUCAUGGAAGAGCUGUCCCUUCAGCUGGAUGUCAGUGUUCACAAUGCUAAGAUUUUGAGAGGUAGAUGAAGAUGAUGGAUAUGCUGCUUCAGAAAAGCAUAGUGGACUCUUAGGGAAAAGCUCGGGGCUUACUCUUUCUUCCAGCAAAUAUUUAUUGACUGUUUCCAGUUUGCAGGCACUGUGCUAGUUUCCUGGUUACAGGUCGGGGAGGUAAGACAGAUGAGCUCACCAUCAGGUUGGCCCAAGUGCCAGCACAGUCAGUAGGAAUCUUUCAGGCCAGACACUUCUAGGUUCUCUGAAGGACAGGAACCUGGGAUACAGUUAGGGAGGUAAGGGAACGAAGUCUUAAAAGGGAGAGGUUAGGGCUAGUUUUUGGCCAAAAAUGACAGAAGCCUAAAUUAAAAUGGGUUUAAGGAUUUAAAAAAAGAAUUUUUGGUUGUAUAGCUAAAAACUUUGAGUUAAGGAUGGCUUCAGGUAUAGCUGGUUCCAGGUGCCCAAAUGAUGCUAUCAGAUGUCUCAGCUUUGCUUUCCUCUGUGUUGGUGUUGUUCUCAGGUAGGCUAUGCCAUAUCGUGGCCCUUGGUACUCUUAUCAGCUUUGCAACCCCAGUGAAAAGAAGUUGCCUCUUUCCCAAAUUCCCAGCAAGUCUCAGGAAACCCUCUCCUCAGCCCAUCACUGAACCAGUCAUGGUGGCCUGAGGUCUAGAAUAUGCAUGGUGUCCAUUCCUGAGUCAUAUGGCUACCCCUCGUGGUGCCCAUCCAUGCCUCAUGCGCUGAGAGUGGGGCUAGGGGAGUUUCUCCAGAGGACAGCUGCAAGGACUCAGCCCCGAGAAGUACGGAAACAGAUGCAGGGCAGGCAAAGACGCAGCUGUUACCUACAGUGCCCAGAAUGCCACACACGCAGCUCUGGGCCAUGGGGAAUGUGGAUCCCUCCACAGGCUUCGGCAAGGGAGUAAUGGGAUCAGCUCUGAGUUUAUGGAGGACAGUUUGAACAAGGAGGUUGCUGAUGGCAGAACAUGGCUGUUGGGAGCCCUUUGCAAUAAUCCAGGCAAGAAAGUCAAGGGCUGACCCAAAUCUAUGGCAGUGGGAUGCAGGGGAUGAGGCAGAUGCCAAAAACAGCUGCUAGGCAGCUUGGCACAGUUACUCCCCUCCUCCCCUGGUGUACCCCUUCCAGCCUCUUGUGCCCCAUGAGAACUCAGGCCUGUCUCCUCCUGGGCAGUAGGGGCUCGGUCGAAACCCAGGUCCUGAGGACACCACCCCAGCCACAACACUCUAUUUAGCAACAAGGACAGGGACAUGUCAUACCUCCUUGGCCCGCCUGCCUGUCUGUUUCAGUUUCUCUUGCUGGAAAGGGGGGGCGGGGAGGCACAGAAAUGGAGGAGUAAAGUCAGGUAGCAGUUAUAAUUAACCCACUGAGCUGCUUUGCAGAGUCUGUUCCCAAACUCAGGGUGCCUUUGCUGGGUUUGACUCCCGCCCUCAGAGCUGGGUGGAGUUCAAGGUGCUUGUCACUCAAACAGGGAAGCCGCAGGCCAUGGUGGCUUUCCACCUGCAGCUGUGUGACCUGGGGCUCAUGCAUCAUUUUGGUGCUCAGCUUCCUGUCUGAUAAGUGAGGGGAAUGAGCUUGACUUGGUUCAGUAGAUCAAAUAGUGUGGCUGGGAUCAAGGGCCGUGGGAUUGGAGGAGGGCACAAUGAAUUCUCAGUGGGAAGCGAGGGCAGGGCAGGUGUUCAAGGCAUUGAGAUGGGUCUUACGGGAUGGGUAGGAUGUCUGGGGUGGAAUGUGGGGGUAGGCCACCCCAGACAGGAGAAAGAACGUGAGCCAGACUGGAGAAUGAGCAGGUGCGGCUGGGAUGGUGGGCUAGUCCUGGCACGAGAUUGGUAAGAGGAGAUGGGAGCUAUGGAGGGAUCCAGAGCUGGGGAGGAGUCCGUUCUCAUCAAUGCCUAGAUUACUCCGGUUCUCCCCCUUGAUUCAUGCAAUCCUUUCUGAGCUAUGUCACUGUCAUUUCACUGUGAUCUCCAGUAAACAAAGCUCCUGGUAUAUUUUUGUAACAUAGUUAUUGAGAUAUAAUUCAACUAUUGAAAGUAUACAAUGCGAUGGGUUUUAGUAUAUUUACUCUCUCGUACAACCAACACCACUAUCUAGAACGUUUCCAUCACCGUAAAAAGAAACGCCGUACCCACAAGUAGCCACUCCCCAUCUCUGCCCCUUGCAGCCCCUGGCCACCACGAAGCUAUUUUCUGUCUCUACGGAUUUGCCUGUUGCAGACAUUUCAGGGAAACGGAGUCGUGGGACAUGUGGUCCUGACCAGCUUCUUCGCUCAGUGUUUUCUCACUCAUCCAGCUCCUCAUGUUUUCACACGGAAGCUUCCUGCCUUUCACAG